AUGGGACAAGCAAACUCUCGUCCGCCGCUGCCUGAGAACCAUGAACAAUACUCAAACAAAAAUUACAGCUUUUUACAUAGACUUAAAUCAUUUUGGAAACGGUACGUUUCUCGGGACGAUACUUCUUCGUUAAGCAAUGGAACACGGUCUACUGGGGUGCAUGGUUCUUCACAAUUAUCCGAUUUCAGUCUGUCUUCAAAAUUAUCGGCUUCUGAAGAAGAAAGGUCGCUACAUUCACGUGGCUCAUCUGUCCCCGACACGCCUGUCAAUGCCUCCCUCCGACAACCGCCAAACAGAAUUCCUAUAGGAAGUUUAUCUACGGUCUCCCAAAAUGUAAGACCAAAUAUGGCCGACGUUUUACCUGUAAUGCCUCCAAGUAGGCCAAACAGUGAUACCCAAUUGCAUUGUUCUAACUUUAAUGACCAUACUAAUGCUUCUGCUCUGCCUUUCCACGAUUUCCAUGAAUCUAGCUCCUCCAUAUUCGACACUGCUAAUGAAACAGCUAGUGAUGGCCACGCUUCUCCUACCUCUGAUACCUCGAUGCCUGUAAAUUAUCGUUCACAAUCUUCUACUCAAAAUCCCCUUUUAACGAAUAAUACCCAGAAUCAAACUUCCGAAAGUCGGUCACCACUUAUCGAUCAUUUACGACAAUAUUUGACACAAGAUCCCAAUCAACGCCAACAGCACAGCCACGCCGUGCCUUUUGGCGAUGAAGCCUUAUCGAAUCCUGGUAAUCUAUCUCAUUCCUCUAUUUCUUCACGUUCCGAGCUUGAAGUCGAUUUCAAUACGAACUCGGAAAAUCGUGCAAAUUCCGCUUUGCCUCCUGAAACCGGUUCAGCGUUUCAGGGAUCCAACAAUGAAAAUGCUACCAGCAUGCUAAGUCGACUGCUUUCGGCAGCCGCUAUUGAAACCGCAGCCUCUAUUAUGAACAACGAAGCCCGUGGACCUAACACUCAUUCUGGUGAGAGGCCAUCUACAGUUCGAUCUAUUGACGGGUCAUUUGAAAAUUUCCUCGAUGAUCUUCGUAAUGGCAAUAUAACUAGUGUUUUGGAAAAUUCUGCCAAUUCUCGAAGAGAUGCGACAAUCAACCGGGAUUCUGAAUUAGAAAACCCUGAAGUUCAGUACUUGAGGAUGUUCCGAUUCCCAGCUUCCCGUCAUUCAGAUAAUACAAAUGAUGACCAAAGUCAGCAAGAUGAUAAUGGGCCCGAGCUUUCUCUUGUUCCAGUGUUGAUAGUAUGUAUGCGCAAUAUCACGGACAGUUCUGAGGAUCCUAUGCAAAGCAUGUCUCAAGAUAGUCAAAGUUAUCAUGAGGAACUUCGAGAUAACAUUUCCAUUAAUGACAUUACUGAACGAAUGGCCCAGUCGACGAACUCAUCAAAUGAAGUUGUAGCUUCAAGGACUUUUUCAACGGAUCGGGUAUCGAAUAUAUCCAGCUCAAUCGAUCAUUACAGUUCGGCGUCAGCAAGAAGUGAUACUUCUUUAUCUGGAUACCCUCGCCAUUCUACUGGAUGGCCUUCUUUUACAUCUGCAAGCUCUUCACUUCCUUCUGAGCUUAGGAGUCAUAACGUGAUUAGAAGAGCUAAUGAGGGUCUCAGUUCUGAAACUGAAUCUACACAGACUCGAGAUCAACCUAAUGCCCAGCAGCCGAGAACAGAAAUGAGUAUGAACGAGACACCGACUUUGCAUACGCGAGAGAAUCAUUUUGAUUCUCGUGUUGGUACAGACAACAAUGCAGAUUAUGGGUUUGGGGAGAGCCGUGGAUUGAUGAGUCACAAUCGCGGAGAAGGGCUGGGAUUUGGAAGCGUUGAAGCAUCGACAAACCAACUCUAUCAAGAUUCCAUUUCUUUAGAUAACAGUCGGCACAACGCGUCUAGAGGGUUGACAUCUGUGGGAGAAAGGACUAAUGAGCGUGUUGGAGUAAACGAAACGUCCAAUAAUAACUCAAAUAAUGCCCAUGGGGACUGGCUUAUUUAUGUUUUUGGGGGAUUGUUUCCAGACUACCAUCCGAUUUUAACUACAGUAAGCUUGUUUUCUGACAAUCCCACGUAUGAAGAUUUGUUAGCGUUGACUAGUUAUUUGGGUCCUGCAAAAAAGCCUGUUGCGACCGCAGAGGAUUUAAAUCGCGCAGGUGGGCUAUUUCCGUAUUCGGAAAAUGGAAAUCUUGUUUCUAAUAGUACAUGUUUGAUUUGCCUGGAACCAUUUGAGUGCAAUGUGUUGUGCAGGAGGUUGAAAAGCUGCAAGCAUUUUUAUCAUAAAGAUUGCGUAGAUCAAUGGCUUACUACAGGCAACAAUUCCUGUCCUUUGUGUCGUUCCCGUGGUGUGAAAACCAGUAAUGAAGGAACAAGUCAGCACAUGCCCGACGUAUCUUUUAUUUAA